GGAAGCGACUUCCAGAUCCAGCGGCCGCGCGCUUCCGGGUCUGCAAGCGCCCGGGAGUUGGACCCCGCCCCGGAGUGGACAGCGCCCGGGGUGGACCCCCGCCCCGCGCUGACAGCCAGACUUUGUGUCUCCCGCGGCCUCACCAUGAGCUGGUCACCUUCCCUGCCAACUCAGACCUGUGGGAGCUGGGAGAUGAAGGAGCGGCUGGGCACCGGGGGCUUUGGCAACGUCAUCCGUUGGCACAAUCAGGAGACGGGGGAGCAGCUCGCCAUCAAGCAGUGCCGGCAGGAGCUGAGUCCCCGGAACCGCGAGCGCUGGUGUCUGGAGAUCCAGAUCAUGCGAAGGCUCAACCACCCCAAUGUGGUGGCUGCCCGGGAUGUCCCCGAGGGGAUGCAGAGUCUGGCCCCCAAUGACCUGCCCCUGCUGGCCAUGGAGUACUGCCAAGGAGGAGAUCUCCGGAAGUACCUGAACCAGUUUGAGAACUGCUGUGGCCUCCGGGAAGGCGCCAUCCUCACCCUGCUGAGCGACAUCGCCUCUGCACUUAGAUACCUUCAUGAAAAUAGGAUCAUCCAUCGGGAUCUGAAACCAGAGAAUAUCGUCCUGCAGCAAGGAGAGCAAAGAUUAAUCCACAAAAUUAUUGACCUAGGAUAUGCCAAAGAACUGGAUCAGGGCAGUCUCUGCACCUCGUUUGUGGGAACCCUGCAGUACCUGGCCCCGGAGCUGCUGGAGCAGGUGAAGUACACCGUGACCGUGGACUACUGGAGCUUCGGCACCUUGGCCUUCGAGUGCAUCACGGGCUUCCGGCCCUUCCUGCCCAACUGGCAGCCUGUGCAGUGGCACUCCAAAGUCCGGCAGAAGAGUGAGAUGGACAUCGUUGUCAGUGAAGACCUGACGGGAACAGUGAAGUUCUCCAGCUCCCUGCCACACCCCAAUAACCUUAACAGUGUUUUGGCACAACGCCUGGAGAAGUGGCUGCAGCUGAUGCUGAUGUGGCACCCCCGGCAGAGGGGCACCGACCCCUGCUAUGGGCCCAACGGCUGCUUCAAGGCCCUUGAUGACAUCUUAAACUUGAAGCUGGUGCACAUCUUGAACAUGGUCACAGGCACCAUUCACACCUACCCGGUGACUGAAGAUGAGAGUCUCCAGAGCUUAAAGGCCAGAAUUCAGCAGGACACCGGCAUUCCUGAGCAGGACCAGGAGCUGCUGCAGGAGGCAGGCCUGGCCCUGAUCCCCGACAAGCCAGCCACACAGUGCAUCUCAGAUGGCAAGUUGAAUGAAGGCCGCACACUGGACAUGGAUCUUGUUUUUCUUUUUGACAACAGCAAAGUCACCUAUGAGACUCAGAUAUCCCCACGGCCGCAACCUGAAAGUGUCAGCUAUAUCCUUCAAGAGCCCAAGAGGAGCCUGCCUUUCUUCCAACUGCGGAGAGUGUGGGGCCAGGUCUGGCACAGCAUCCAGGCCCUGAAGGAGGACUGCAGCCGGCUGCAGCAGGGACAGCGAGCUGCCAUGAUGAAUCUCCUCCGGAAUAACAGCUGUCUUUCUAAAAUGAAGAAUUCCAUGGCUUCCAUGUCUCAGCAGCUCAAGGCCAAAUUGGAUUUUUUUAAAACCAGCAUCCAGAUUGACCUGGAGAAGUAUAGUGAGCAAACCGAGUUUGGAAUUACAUCAGAUAAAUUGUUGCUUGCAUGGAGGGAAAUGGAACAGGCUGUGGCGCUCUGUGGGCGGGAGAAUGAAGUGAAGCACCUGGUGGAGCUGAUGAUGGCCCUGCAGACGGACAUCGUGGACCUGCAGAGGAGCCCCAUGGGGAGGAAGCAGGGAGGCACGCUCGACGACCUAGAGGAGCAAGCCAGGGACCUUUAUCGGAAGCUGAGGGAGAAACCGAGAGACCAGCGAAAUGAAGGGGACAGUCAGGACAUGGUGCGGCUGCUGCUGCAGGCAAUCCAGAGCUUUGAGAAGAAAGUGCGGGUGAUUUACACUCAGCUCAGUAAGACUGUAGUCUGCAAGCAGAAGGCCCUGGAGCUGCUGCCCAAGGUGGAAGAGGUGGUGAGUUUAAUGAAUGAGGAUGAGAAGACUGUCGUCCGGCUUCAGGAGAAGCGGCAGAAGGAGCUCUGGAAUCUUCUGAAGAUAGCUUGUAGCAAGGUCCGUGGGCCUGUCAGUGGAAGCCCUGAUAGCAUGAACGCCUCUCGCCUUAGUCAUCCAGGUCAGCUCCUGUCUCAGCCUUGCACAGCCCCCGGCAGCUUACCUGAGUCGGCCACAGAAAGUGAGGAGUUGGUGGCCGAAGCACAGACUCUCUGCGCACAGCUGGAAAAUGUGAUUCAGGAUGCUGUGAACCAGCAAGGCCAGAGUCUAAAGUCUCUAGACUGGAGCUGGUUACAGACUGAGGAGGAGGACCAGAACAGUCUGCAGCAGGCCUCUUGACUUGAGUGACCCUGGUGCCCAGCACUGCUGUCCACAGUGGUCCCUCCUGGAGCCAUGUGUUGCCAUGACUUUCCCUCCCAGCUGUGGACUGGACAUGGCACUGCAACAAUCUGUCGCUACACUGGAUGCCCUCCAUCUCCAAGGCUGCUGGCCUGAGUGUUUAGGGAGACCGAGCUACAGCUGCUACUUCCUCCACUCUGAAAAAUGUCUGCAGCACCUGGCUUGCCUCACAGACCACUGGACAAAUGUCUAAGUGACUCUUGGAGAACAAAGUACAGAUGUGCCAGCUGGUACCAGCCUGCCUCCUCCUGAGCCUGACUGAUCACCAGAAGCCCCGAUCCACCUGUCUCAAAGAACUUUUGUUUGAACUGGAUUGGCUUCUCUGAACAGGCUUUUAAAUCAUAGAUGUGUUCUGGCCUAUCCUUUCUUCCUCUUUUUAUCGCACUGCUGCUAAAAAGAAAACCCUUUGACCUAUGACUGUGGUGGUUCUCCUCCCUACAGGAAGACUGUAAGUGAAUGUUAAGCCCUCCUCUGAAUUCUUUCAGCUACACAGUAACUUACAAGAGUCGGAUGCGUGGCCAACCACAUCCCCCUUCUUUCAUCCCAGAGAUGGAAGAGCUAGAGAGAUAGCACAAUGGACUGAGUGCUUUGUAUGUGAGAGAUCCAGGUUCCAUCCCUGGCACCUCACAGUCCCCAAGCACAGAGCCCAGAGUAGCCCCUGAGCACUGCCAGAUGGGGCUCUAAACCAAAGAAAAGGACGUGUCAACCACUAGCCUGCUAACCUCUGUGCUCAGACCUAUUCUUGUUCAGCUGCCCUUUGAUGUGGUGGUAAACAGGGAUUGCCUAUCAUAUUAUCUAGCAGUAUUAUUAAAUUGAUUUAUUUUUAAAGAUAGUUGAUGUUUUGUUACAUGUCUCAACCACUUACACAAGGCUCCAUAAUCCAUUCUGCAAUGCCUAUGGUUAAGAAUUUGGAGCCCAAAAUCUAUUAAUGAAGAAUUUAAUAACUGAAUAGUGCCUUGACCAAACAGUACCAUACGAUUUGCACUGCUUCUUGGACAUUCCAAAACUACCCAUCUACAUAAAAGCAGGAAGACAAAAUGAGCUCAAGUGAACACAGAUAAGUUGAUUUGGAAAAGAACGUUGAAAUAAGUCUCAUGAAGUUUCAUAGAAGUUUCAUGAAGUCUCACCUAGAGAACUUAGGAAAAAGAAGAACAAAAUAAGAGCAAACAAAAGAUAAAACAAAUGUAAGACAAAUAAAUAAGUAAAAUAGAGGGUGGAGAGAGAAAAAUCAGUAAAAUGAGCUGAUAUUUUUGGUAAGGUUGAUAAAGUGAACAGACCUCAAGCAAAGCUGAAGAAAAAGACAAUACAAAACUUACUCAGUUAGGAAUGGCUAGGGUACUGGCACCACAGCAUCAAAAGAAUGAUCUAGCAUAUGCACAUGGCAAUAUGGAUGAAAUGUACCAAGUCCUUGAAAAGCAUAACUAUUCAACUCAUCAAAUAUGAAAUAAUAUGAAGAGCUAUAUAACCAUGAAACUAGAUUUAUAAUUUAAAAGCUCCUGUAAAAGAUCUUCAGAACAUGAUCGUUUUACUGGAAAAUUCAACCCAACAUUGAAAGAAUACUAAUUAUGUGUUAUCCCACAAAAAAUAGGGGGGGAAGGAGCUGGAGCACAAUAGUAUAGCAGAUAGGGCGUUUGCCUUGCACACAACUGACCCAGAUUCAAUUCCCAGCAUCCUCUCUAUGGUCCUCUGAGCACCACCAGAAGUGACUCCAGAGUGUAGAGCCAGGAAUAACCCCUGAGCAUCACUGGAUGUGACUGAAAAAAGAAAAAAAAAUUAAAUUAAAAAUAGGGGGGAAUGCUUUCCUGUUUAUUUUAUGAUGCCAGUAUUUCCAUAUCAAAACUAAAAAAACAAUAGUACAGAAAAGGAAACUACUUGUAAGUAUCUUCAUGAAUGCAAAAAUCUUUAACAAAGUAUAACCCAUGAUCAGGUGUGGCUUAAUUGAUGAAUGCAAGUUCAUUCAUAAAUCAGUGUAAUCAUAUCAUGAGACUGAAGAGGAAUAUUAGUUGCUGCAGAAUAUACUACUAACAUUUAAUGCCUACUCAUAAACUCAGGAAUAAAAAAAAUGCUAGAGGGCUAGAGAAAGAAUACAGUGAGUAGGAUGCUUGCCUUGCAUUCAGCUGAACCGGGUUCAAUUCCUAGCAUCCCAAAUGGCCCUCCAAGCACCACCAGAAGUAAUUCCUGAAUUCAGAGCCAGGAGUAACCCCUGAACAUUACCAGGUGUGGCCCCAAAACCAAAAGGGGGGGGGCGAGGGGAGGGGAGGGAGAGGGAGGAGAAAACAUUCUCAGAUCACUAAAGAGCAUCUUCACAUGAAGUAAACAUUUUAAGAUGGAAAGUUUCCCCCUUCCCUUUAAAAAGGCAGUGAUGGGGGCUGGAGUGAUAGCACAGUGGGUACAAUAUUUGCCUUACAUGCGGCUGACUCGGGUUCGAUUCCCAGCAUCCCAUAUGGACCCCUGAGCACUGCCAGGGGUAAUUCCUGAGUGGAGAGCCAGGAGUGACCCCUGUGCAUUUCCAGGUGUGACCCAAAAAGCAAAUAAAUAAAAUAAAAAGGCAGUGAUGGCAUCCCUUGUGUCUGCUAUUACCCAUAGUACUAAAAGCUUGGACUGGAGUGAUAGCACGAGUAGGGUGUUUGCCUUGCACGCAGCCGACCUGGGUUCGAUUCCUCUGUCCCUCUCGGAGAGGCUGGCAAGCUACUUAGGGUAUCCCACCCGAACAGCAGAGCCUGGCAAGCUACCCGUGGUGUAUUUGAUAUGCCAAAAACAGUAACAACAAAUCUCACAAUGGAAAAGUUACUGGUGCCCGCUGGAGCAAAUCGAUGAACAACAGGACAACAGUGCUACAGUGCAGUGCUACUAGAAGCUCUAGUCAGAGCAAUAGGGGGGAGAAUUUAAAGAAAACAAAAGGGAUUGGAAACAAGCAAAUAAAACAGUUUGUAUUUAUAGAUGAUGUAAGGUUUAUGUGACAA